AUGGAAUAUUAUAACUGGGCAAUACCUGGGAGAAACUCCCGUGCUCAAACUCAACAAAGGAAAACACUAAGAAAGCCACCGGCACCAGAUGUACCAGUCGCACUGCCAUCAGCACCAGUUGAAUUAAGUGAUGUGAAUACAGAAUUUACCUCACUCCGUUUGUUACGCACAAGUUUACUGUUUCAAACGAAAGAAUUUUUUAAUCAUUCAACUCUUCAUGGUGUCCGUUAUAUUGCGGAGGUCAAUAGGCCAGCCAGCGAACGUCUUAUGUGGUUUUGCUUUACUAUCGUGGGUCUCAUAAGUGCAUUUGUUAUAAUUGGCAGCCUAUGGGAAAAAUUUCAGACCAAUCCAACAAUAACGGGAUUGGAUAUGGACGUGCAUAAUUCUCAGUUGGUAUUCCCGACAAUUGUUCUGUGUCCCAUGGAAUCAUAUGACUUAAACCGUUCAUAUGAGCUAGCAAACACCAAAUUAGGAAAUCACGAUGAGGAGGCGACCGAAGUGUUUCAACAAUUUUUAAUUUAUUUGCCUCAAUUGAGCUUUGAAAACAUGAAAAUCGAAUCUCAGCACGCAGAAAAUAUAACUGUUAAUGAAAAAUACAUAAAUGCAAUCGACAAAGAAUCAUUGAGAUCGUACGCUUUUGAGGUUGCUGUAUCCUGUAAAGACACCUUUGAUGUAUGCAAAUAUCGCGAUGAGGACAUUACGUGCUGUGAACAUUUUUUUCCUAUAUUCAGUGAACACGGUUUUUGUUUUGCAUUCAAUCCAAAGUACAUCGACACUCCUACUGGACAAGUCGCAAACGAAAAAUUCCACGAACUCUUUGAAACCGAUAAAAAAUGGGCAUUGCUUUUUACACCGAAGCGUGAAGCCAAAAUCUUUGUCCAUUCACAUUCGGAAAACUUUGGAUGGGAUUUUCGUCCGCACGUUAUAUGGGAGCCUGAUUUUGCGGCUGAGCUGCUGAUUUCAAUGAAACAAACCUAUACUACUGAAGAUGCCAGGCAACUGUCGAUUAGACAACGAAAAUGCAUUUUUCCCGACGAAAUGAAGCUGGAAUACUACUCGGGAGAGUACAUUUUCACCAGCUGUAUGAUGGAAUGUCGCAUCAAAAAAAGCAUAAAAUUCUGCGGUUGUGUUCCACCUUUCUAUCGCCAAAUCAAGAACUCAAAAUAUUGCACCGUAAAGGAUUUAAAAUGUCUCAGUCGAUUUGCUGAAAAUAUCACCGAUGUUCGUGACUGCAACCGAUGUGAAUUGAGCUGUGCAAACACCGUUUAUGAAAUUGAAAAAUUGAGCAAAACAACUGCGGACCCGUCCAAGCCUUUGGAUACUUUCGUUAACGUUGAAUAUUUGACUUGGCCAAUUAUCAGGUACAAACGUGAAGUUCUUUUCGGAUGGGUCGAUUUAUUGGUAUCAUUUGGUGGCAUUGCUGGACUAUUUCUUGGAUUUAGUUUACUAUCUGGAGUGGAAAUCAUCUAUUAUUUCAGCUUGCGUGCAUGUUGCAUGCUGUACAAGAAUCGAGGCGAGUUAUACGAGAUGGAAAAAAUCAAAAUGCAGGAAGAGCAACCGUAUAUUGACUUGUCAUUAAAAUUAAUGGACCGGUCAAGUUAUAAAGCCAACAAGGAUGCAUUGGCAUUGGCUAGGGUGCGUAAAAUUGAUGUAGCUGAAAUCAAUUCACGUGUUGGAAAUGAUCCAACUACUGCUGCCAGCGAUGAGUCUCUCAAUCAAUCUGCCAUGAAUCGUAUGCCGAUCCAGAUGGCUCAAUUUUCGCAGCAAAAUCAAGCCAUUCGAAAUUUGCAGGCAAAUCGUUUGGCAACGAGCUAUGAUUAUGCACAGGUCAACGGUCCAUUUUACAUGCCAUAAGAUGUAAAUCUCUCAACGACUACAAAAAAAUGCGUGUGUUUUCAUUCAGAUUUUCUAUAAAAAGACCUUUUAAAGU